AUGCGUCAUAGAGUGCUUAUUGGCUGCCCGCCUGUUGCUGCGCGAGGCUGCACCCUUCUCCUUGGCUUUGCGGUGCAGCUGAUCGGCAGCCGGCGGCGGCUGCAGCGAAAGUGGUGUGCGUGGUGUGGCGUGGGAGAGGCACGCAAGGGCGGGCGGGCGCGCGUGCGUGAGUGCGUGCGUGUGACCGGCGCGGGAAAGGCUUUCGUUGCGUUGAGCGCGCGAGCGCGUAAGAUGUCGGCGACUGCGGCGGCGAAGAAGGCGCUGCGAGAGGAGGUGCGGCGCGCGAUCGCGGCCCUCAGCGAUGCGGAAAAGCGCCGCCAGUCGGCGCUCGUGACUGAGCAGGUGCUGGCGCGUCCGGAGUGGGCGGCGGCGCGCUCGGUGGCGCUGUUCCUCAGCCUGCGCGACGAGCCGUGCACGCGCGCGCUGCUGGAGGCGGCGCUGGCGUCGGGCCGCGACGUGUUCGCGCCGCGCGUGCUGGCGCGCCGACCCGCAGCCGCCGCUCAUGGCCAUUGCUGCGCGGUGCGCAGCGCCGUGACCGAAGCGCAACGCGCUAUCCGCCGGGCGCCCUGGGUGCGCGAGCCGCCGCGGACAGCCGACGACGCGCUGCGCAGG